AUGGCAGCCACCAGGAUCUUCGUGGCGAAUGCGGAGGCCAGCGACCUGUGCCCCCGUGACCACGAAUUGGGCGUCUGCGGCCGGGUGCGGCUUGUCGCCUUCCUGGACGGCAUCCUCUGCGGAGUCUCCGAGGCCCAGCCCAGCUUCCCGCGGCCGCGCUGGGCGCCUCUGGCGCUUGCCAGGGGCUCGGCGGCGCAGCUGGCGCUGGUGCUGCUCGAGGCGGACCACCUGCAGCCCAGGCGCGGGGCGGCCUUCUGCUACGGCGCCGCGUCGCUGUCGCUGGCCGGCCUGGCCUGGCAGCGGCGCCUGGCCAGCGACGGCCCGCUGGAGAACGCGCCGGGCCGGUACGGCACCUUGAGCUUUGAAGUAUGUUGCGACGAGCCGCCGCCUGCACCACCUUCAGCGCCGCCACAGCCUGAGGCUCACUUGGCUCAUCCCAUGGACUGGUGUGGCGUUCUGCGCUUUGCGAUAGAUUUUCGGGAGCUCUCUGGGACGUGGUCCUUGGAGGCCGCCGCUGGCAAUGGUUCGUCUCCCUCCAGCGGCUUUAUCAGCUGGACCGAGGAGGCGGAGAAGUCGCCCGUGGCGCCAAAGGCGCCGCAGCAGCUGUUUGUCGUGGAGCGCGACGUGGUGUUCAGCGCCCAUGCGGGCCUUGCUGACCGAGGGCUGGCCGGCGGAUGCGUGAGGCAGCUCUCCCAGAUGCGCGGGCCGCGCGGGCCCUGCAAUAUGUUCCUGGAGCCACACCCUGAGCCUUUGACAAUGGACGUGGCAGUGAAGCAGCCACCGCAGAUUCACUUGCGUUUUUUUCCUGCGGAUUACUUGCGACCCAGGCCCGGCAUGCCGUGUGGCAUUAGCGUUCGCUUCACGCUUGCAGCGGCGCCUCCGAAGCUUCAGAUGCCACUGGUGAUUCACGUGCCUGCGGGGUGCUUUUCAGACCAAGAGCAUCGGCCAGAUGCGAGCUUUUCCAUCAGUCAUUUGGGUGACUGCGCCGAGAUCAACUUGUUGGACCCCUUGAGAUUGCUGGGCCGGUCACUUUGGCGCGUCUCCGCUGGGUUUGAAGCUCAGGUGGAGCGGGGCCCUGGCCUGUCGCAGUUGCUUGCUCUCUCGGAGUCCCUUGUGGAUAUCCUCGCGAUGCGACUGCGAGCUGGGGAUGAGAAGGUGGUCACGCUGCCAGUGGGAGAGCACUCUGUGGUGCUCCGUGUAGUCCUCGCAGCGCUGCGGGUCGACGUGCCACGUCCGGUGCUGGGCAUUUUCAUGCCGCCCACAGAUGCUGCGGAUGAGCUGCGGCUAGAAGCCUCCAGCCAGGGUGAGGUGGCGGGGAUCUUUGUGCACAGCCUCGCUGUUCACUCUCCUCACGUCAGAUGUUGCUUGGUGACCGCCAGCUCUGAUGCAGGUGCUCUGCUUCACCCGCUGCCGCAUAUGGGAGGCAAGGUCUUCAUCCCCGCGCAAUGCGACCACCGCGGCAAAGUCGUGGUGCACGCCUUCUUGCCCGAGUUCGGGUAUCAUGCCGUGGCCGAAACGGCGCUUGGCGCUAGAACUUCGCGAAGAGGACUCGAGUUCUCCCAUGUUCUUUGCCAUUUCUUGUCCGCGGCUCACCAUGUCGUCAAAGCGGUUUAG